AUGACAGCUACAACAUUAACCUAUGCUAUCUUCAAUCUUCUCAUCGUGUGCAAUCUAUGGAUAAGUGCAAGUGAAUGCCCUACAAUGCAUAAGAAUGAUUCAUCUCAUCACCCAGAAGUCAUGAGGAAGAGGUUUGAAAGUUGGUUGAAACAAAAUGACAGACAAUACAAGGAUAGUGAAGAAUGGGAAGUCCGUUUUGGCAUUUACCAAGCAAAUGUUCAGAUUAUAGAGUGCUACAACUCUCAAAACCACUCCUACAAUCUCACUGACAACAAAUUUGCAGAUCUUACAAAUGAAGAGUUUAAAAAUAUCUAUAUGGGUUUUGGAACCAGGUUGCUUUCACAUACAGGAUUCAGGUAUCAUGAACAAGGAGAUCUUCCACAAAGCAAGGAUUGGAGGAAGGAAGGUGCAGUAACUGACAUCAAGGAUCAAGGCCAUUGUGGAAGUUGUUGGGCAUUCUCUGCAGUGGCAGCUGUGGAAGGAAUCAACAAAAUCAAAUCAGGAAAUUUGGUUUCUCUGUCUGAACAAGAACUUGUAGACUGUGAUGUUAAAAAUGGUAACCAAGGCUGCGAAGGUGGUUUAAUGGAGACAGCAUUUACAUUCAUAACAAAUAAUGGUGGGUUAACCACUACAAAAGACUAUCCUUAUCAAGGAAUAGAUGGCACCUGUGACAUGAAAAAAGCUGGAAAUCAUGCUGUCAAUAUAAGUGGCUAUGAAAAUGUACCUGCUAAUAAUGAGACUGUGCUUAAAGCUGCCGUUGCUAAUCAACCUGUCUCCGUUGCAAUUGAUGCUGGAGGUUUACUAUUUCAACUUUAUUCACAAGGUGUUUUCUCUGGCUUUUGUGGAAAGCAACUCAAUCAUGGUGUAACUAUUGUUGGUUAUGGAGAACAAAAUGGUGACAAAUACUGGCUUGUGAAGAAUUCAUGGGGUGCUGACUGGGGUGAAUCUGGCUAUAUUAGGAUGAAGCGUGAGACUUUUGAUAAAGAUGGUACUUGUGGCAUUGCCAUGGAUGCCAGCUAUCCUGUCAAAAAUUAA